AUGGGUUGCUCAACCGAAGUUCUGAAUGAUGAGGGUCCAUUUGGUGUUCGUCUUUGUGAUGACAUGCUUAACGUGUUCUGUGAUCGGGUACAAAUGGUUGCCCCUCGGCAGGUCAAUGGAUUUUUUGCGAUUCAAUCAAUUUUGUGUGAUCCAACAUUGCAAGCACAAAUCAAGCCAGGCGAUGAAGUGAUCCAAAUCAUCUUUGAUCAAUACAGGCAACAUUAUAUAACGGUUUAUUUAACGUUUGAAGAUGGAGAGCCUUUGUUGAGAGUCUAUGAUCCACUACUUAACGAAGCUAGCAUGAAGGACCGAUUUCUAAAAGAGACAAUUACAAGUUCGGUCGUGCGACAAAUACUGGACCUCUUCGGUCAUUUGGAUUGCCAGGAAGGCAGAAGCGAGGUGUUUGUUGAACACGUGUAUGACAUCGACCCACAGAUGGAUGGUUGGAGUUGUGGCUAUCGUUGCAUUGGCGUGAUACUUGAUCUUCUUCAAAAUCGUGAUCCAUCAAGUUCAUUAUACGACAUACGAACGAUCUACAACUUGUAUCAAUGGGUGAAUCAACCGGGUGAACAUUCUUGGGAAGAUAUCAUUUCAUUUCCAUAUCGGAGUAAGCGGUGUAAGACUGGUGCUCGCCCAGGAUUUUUAUGUUUAAAUGAAGAUGUGUUUGAAAGCAUACGAGACCAAGAGAUUGAAGAAGAAAAGAGAGCUUUUAAAGAGAAAAUUGAUCGAUCGUAUCUACUCACAUCAGCGCGCUUUGUCUUUAAACACCAAGGAUCGAUUGAAGCCUUAUGCGCCGGAACAAUCAGAGUUUCCGAUGAUGGCUACAGACAGCUCUCCUUCUCAUCUGCAAAAUCCUCUUGUUCCUUAUCUGUCAACAACGAUGCAAGCGAAAUAUCUUCGCCGUCAACAGGCUCCGCUCUUUCACGUUCAGCAUCAGCGACGAUCGAUUGGGAGAAGCUUGUCCGACGAGAACUAGACGACCCAGUCGAUUGGGACCGAAUCGAGAACGAAAAGAAGAGAUGGGAAUGGACGAAAGAAGACCAAGACGAGGACCAAGAACUCCAACAAAUGCUGCUAUUGCAAAGAGUAAAUCGAGCGAGACUCUUGGAAUACAAUCAUCGUGUCACAACGGUAAAACAAACGGCUUUGUGGGAUCCAAGGUAUCAUCUCAUCCGAAAAAUGAAAAUCCCCGAACUUGCCGACAGAAACGGUGCAAACGUGCUUGAUGGAUUCGACCGACUCUCAGUUCAGCAACGAACAAAAAGUGAGGACGAACGAAAUGCGGCUGACCAUGAAGAGUCUUCAACGCUCACCUCGGGAAACCCGGAUCAU